UAUAAUAAGCACGCUUGGAUUUUGUAUUCAAUAUUUUUCAGCUGCUCCAUCCCCACCAAAAAUGCCGGCCAGACGAAGUGAGCGGAUUCGGCUUCAGAGGGAACCCGGGAAUGCAGCAAAUAGCCCUCGAUCCAAUUCCCUUCCUGACAACAGACUUCACCGGACUCGCACUGCGAAUGGCCAGGCCUCAGCAAUUCGAGGGGCCCGUGCAGCCACCAGGAGCAGUGUGCUACCCGCUCGAAUAGCAAAUGCAGGUCGGGCCUCAACAGUGCCAACUCGUGGAGGCAGACGUGGAACCUUGAGGGGAAGAAACAUUUCCAGACCCCCACCAACUAGAGCCGCACCGGUGCCCAUUGAAGUUGGUCAGGAGAGCACAGAUACGGACCCACCCAGAAACCCAGCUGCUCCCGAGGAUCCUCCGCGGCGUUUCAGGGUCGUAGAAAUGGUGAUGAAUUUUUUACACGGCGAUCGCCCGACGUCGAGCAAUCCAACGAGUCAAAAUAUACCCCUGGUGCUGAGACUUCAACGCAUGGGCACCCGAAUUCCCACCCAAGGUGACCCCCUCUCCACAGCCAGGCUGCAAAAGGAGAUCGCCGAGUUCUCCAAGGGAAGCAUAGAGGGUUGUAGCGUUGAGGUAGUGGAUAACAACCUCUUCCACUGGAUAGCCUCCAUACCUGGUCCCCCGGAAACGCCCUAUGAAGGCGGGCACUUCAAGUUGGAGCUGGUCUUUCCCAAAGACUACCCGUUCCAAGCCCCGUAUAUUGCUUUUAUCACCCGGAUUUACCAUUGCAACAUAGCCAUGUCUGGCCACAUCUGCCUGGACAUCCUCAAUACCCAAUGGUCGCCGGCUUUGUCGGUCUCCAAGCUGCUCAUCUCCAUCAUCUCCUUGAUGGCCGAUCCGAACCCAAACGAUCCCCUGGAGCCGGCAAUCGCCGCACUCUAUAAGCGCAAUCGCUCCCAACACGAUGAGCAUGCCCGCGAAUAUACCCAGAGAUUUGCCAAACAGUAAGAAAUUGCAUGGAAGUAGUUUUUCAAAUACAUUUAUUGGAUGCUUUUGUGCCAGCA